AUGGCUAAGACGCGGGAUUUUGCGCUGUGGGGAAACACCGUCCUGGUCCUGUUUCUCCUCUGGGGAGGUUCCUCAGGCCUUUAUUAUCCCCAGAGCACGUACUCAGAGAGGAUUUACGUUGGCCAAGUGGCGGGAACAAAAGUGCUUCAGGUUUACUCUAUGCAGGAGAGAGGUUCAGCAAAGCCCUACUUUUGUAUGAGGAAACACCAGAAAGCACCUGCAGCAUGGUUUCACAUUGACCCCCGCACUGGUGUCCUUUACAUGAACAAAACUCUGGAGUGGACCGACUUUGAGUUACUAUCCAGCAGCUCGCAUGGGCAAGCAAAAACAUUUUCUUUGAAAGUGGCAGCAGCUCCUGUUGCUCACAAAGCAAACUGCACUCUGCACUCCAGUGUGGACAUCAGCCUCACGUUCAUCAAUGACACAGCACCCGCCUGUGACCAGAUCAAGCUGGAGAAACUCUGCUUCCCUAAUCAAGAUACAAACCCUCGCAUCAAAGAGAACUGCAUGCCUGGACCUCUGCGCCAGCUUCGCCGCUUCACACAUGCUGAUGUCUGUCCCAACUAUAACAUCAGCUAUAGUGUGGAAACAGAACUUCCAGGGCGGUUUACUGUUAAUAACUCCACCUCAGAGCUGGUAGUCAACGAACGCCUGGACCGCGAGGAGAAGGAGCUCUACCACCUAAUAGUAAAAUGUAAUGUGCAGACAGAGGAGAAGCUGUAUACGCUGGUCACUCCGCUGCAUAUCAGUAUCUAUGACGAGGAUGACAGUCCCCCUUAUGUAAAUGGAACUGACACUGAGGACAUAAUUAUUGAAUUCAGCCGUAGUGCGGGCGCUGUAUUUGGCAAUCUCCUUGUUUACGACAAAGACACAACUUCUACCAUUCCCAGAAUUCAGAAUCAGAAGUUUGUAGGAACUCUACUGACAAACGAUCCUUGGAUCAGUGAGACAUUCAGAAUUCAACAAUAUUUCAGAGAAGAACGGGCUAUUUUUGGCAAUGUGCGAGGAACUGUUUAUGAGUACAAGUUGGCUUUAACCAAGAACGUGUCGGUCGAUGAGAAGCGCUCUUUUAUUCUAGACUACCUGGUUAAUGACACAACAUUUUUAGCAAACAAUUCUGAGAAAACUCUGAUGCUUCAUUUUAAUGUCACCAUUGUGCCCGUUCCUAUAAGCUUCAGCAACAUUACAUACUUCUUCGUGCUCUCACGGAAAUCCAUGACCUACUCCCAGAUCGGAAAAGUAUGUGUUGACAACUGCCUGAAAUUCAAGGGAAUUGAAAUUGCGUAUUACUUGGAGAUUGGUGACAGGAACGCCUCUGCCAGUGUACAGUCCUGUUACACUGCAGUGGGCGUGGCACGCAGUUUGGAGGACAUGUCUGGUGUUCUGUAUGUAAAUGAUACAGAGCCACUGAGCAGACCAGAGUGUCAGGAGCUGCAGUAUGUGCUGGUUGCUCAGGAGCAGCAUAAGAAGUUUCAGGGAAAGACGCAACUGUUCAUCAUAUUUGAGGGUGAAGGUGAAGUUACAAGGAUGGAGGGGCAACGUUUACUGGCCUGUGCAGAAAAGAAACAACGUGGGGAGUGUGAAACAUACAGGGGUCUGGGAACUCCAUCUGGAAGAUGUCAGUGGAGACAGGGCAGGGAAAAAGUGAUAACGAAAAAUUACUCCACUUGUUCUCCAGACCUUCACACAUGCCCAGAUGGCUACUGUGAUGUGAUUGAAAGGAAGAAUACGUCUAUAUGCCCCCAGGAUUGCACCCGUGAGCCGAUUAUCGGUGGCCAUGAGAAAGGCCUGAUGCUUGGCAUUAAAGCAGGACACGGAACCUGCUAUUGCUAUUCAGAGAAAUGCUUCUGUGAAAAGGAUGUUAUGGAAGAGGCAAUAUGUGACGACAUGUGCAAGACCUACAUUGCUACGGCAGUCCUUCUCUCCUUCGUCGUUUCUAUCCUUCUCUCCUCGUACUUCAUCCAUCGCUAUCAUAAGAACACACCUAAACCACCAAUCGCUUCAGCUGAGAUGACUUUCCGCAGACCUGCCCAGUCCUAUCCUAUCAGUUACUCUGCCAACAAUGUGCGCCGAGGUUCUCUGGACUCCAUGGAGAACCAGGUGGCCAUCGACACCUUCAAGAUACCCGAGGAUCCAAAGUGGGAAUUCCCAAGAAAGAACCUUGUUCUUGGCAAAACUCUAGGAGAGGGAGAGUUUGGAAAGGUUGUAAAGGCAACAGCAUUCCGGCUCAAAGGAAAGGCCGGAUACACAACAGUGGCUGUAAAAAUGCUAAAAGAAAACGCUUCCCACAGUGAACUGCGAGAUCUGCUGUCAGAAUUUACCUUGCUUAAGCAGGUCAACCACCCACAUGUAAUAAAAAUGUAUGGAGCUUGUAGCCAGGACGGUCCUCUGUAUCUGAUUGUUGAAUACGCCAAGUUUGGAUCACUGCGUAACUUUCUGAGAGAGAGCCGAAAGGUCGGACCCAGCCUUAGCGAAGCCAACCGGAACUCAAGCCAUCUGGAAAAUCCAGAUGAGAGAGCUCUGACUAUGGGAGACCUUAUCUCAUUUGCCUGGCAGAUCUCCAGAGGAAUGCAGUACUUGGCCGAAAUGAAGCUUGUUCAUAGAGAUCUCGCAGCAAGAAAUGUUCUCGUGGCGGAGGGACGUAAGAUGAAGAUUUCAGACUUUGGUUUGUCUCGGGAUGUCUAUGAGGAAGACUCCUAUGUAAAAAGGAGUAAGGGUCGUAUUCCUGUUAAAUGGAUGGCUAUUGAGUCCUUGUUUGACCACAUAUAUACCACACAAAGCGAUGUCUGGUCUUUUGGUGUGCUGUUAUGGGAGAUUGUGACCCUGGGUGGAAACCCGUACCCAGGCAUUGCUCCUGAGCGGCUCUUCAACCUUCUCAAAACUGGCUACAGGAUGGAGAAACCUGAAAACUGUACUGAAGAAAUGUACAGUCUAAUGCUUCGCUGCUGGAAGCAGGAGCCAGAUAAGAGACCCACCUUCAGUGAAAUCAGCAAAGAGCUGGAGAAGAUGAUGGUGAAAAGCAGGGACUAUCUAGAUCUGGCUGCCUCCACACCUGCAGACGCCCUGCUAUAUGACGACACCCUUUCUGAAGAGGACACCCCUCUAGUGGACUGUAAUAACGCCCCCCUCCCUCGAACCCUUCCCUCCACUUGGAUUGAAAACAAGCUCUAUGGCAUGUCAUACCCGAACUGGCCUGAGAAGAGCCCGGUACUACUCAACAGACUUGAUGCCACUAACCCAGAAUUUACAAGAUAUGCCAAUGAUAGUGUUUAUGCAAACUGGAUGGCUUUGCCUUCUCCUGCAAAAAUAAUGGACAAGCUUGAUAGUUAAAAAUGGUGGAAAUGGCUCCGGAGGGAAAAUGUAAAUGUAUAUUGAAGUGUAUAUACAGUAAGUUUUUUUGAUGAUAAAGUUGGUUCCCUUUUGAUUUCUGUUGCACAAACAUUCUGUAUAGAAAGAGGCUGUCAAUUGGCUGAUAUUACUGUUACAGAUCUGUCUCAUGCUGCCCUUAGGUGUGUUACCUGUUGGCAAACCUGUUGUAUCACUGCAUGACUGUUCACAGUGUAAAGUCCAUAUUUGCUGUCUUUCAAGUGUCUGUAUUGCAUCUAAUAAAUGGCCUCAUGUUAUAGCUUUUAAAGAUCUUCAUUCCAGCCCAGAAAUAAAAGGGAACUCCUUUAACAUCACCUGUUGUAGAUUUUUGCCAAAGAUUGUACAAUAAAUUAAUACAAAGGCCACACUGAGAGGUAAAAAUGUUCCUCUGGUAUAAACAGAUUCGCUAAAAGAAGAAAAUGGCUGGAAUUCAUCACAGAAAUGAAAAGGUAUCACUGUGGUCCUGCUUAGAUAUUAACGUAACAUUUAAUGUGGACCUUGUAAGUCAAAUCUCUAAUGGCCGGUUAUUCUUGAUUCCUUGUGUUAUGAUACAAGUGAGUGUGAUUCCUUGUUAUAUUAUAAUGUUGAUAUUAAUAAAAGUG